GCGAAUCAUUCCCAGCUCGUGGUUUAUGCUUUCUGUUAGGCCCGCAAUGGUCAGUGAUCCAAUUUAGGAAGACCGUCAAAAUUUCGUGUGUUGCUUGUUGCUUGGAGAUUUCAGUAUUAGAGAUGUAGGGUAAUGUUGUUGGAGCUGUGAUGACGAGGUUUCGUUUCAGUGGAUGCCGCUGCAGGUCUUCAUUUCCACUGUUGAAAUGCUUCAAAAUUGUCAGACUGUGGGUUUAAUCAGGGCGUAUAGUUUUAUCAACCGAUAGGCAACGUUGUGCUGAAUUGGACGGUUAGGCAUCAUUCCGAAGCGUUUAAUUUUUGCCGCAGAAUUUGGAGAAUUUUUGGACGUCGAUGAAUGCAGAGACUUGGAAUAGUUUCUGAAGUGCCUUGUUAUCAGAAGGACAUUGCACAGUUUCUAUAAAAAAAUUGCUAUUCUCGCGUGAAUGUUUCACUCACGCGCUGGCGGGUGUUUUCUGUGAUUGUUAGCGAGUCUCCAAAUUUGGAGAAAUUUUAGAAGGCUCCAUUGUCAUUGUGGAGCACCAUGGGGUAUUCCCUUACCCCUCUCCCUUCGUAUGGAUGGGACAAUCUCAUCAUCCCAUGUAGUGAGGCGUCUAGCUCAAAACAACCGCAGCUAUUUUGCUGGGUCCAUUCCAUUAGGGAAUCUACAGGUGACCUCCGUUUUAAAUCCUUAGAAUGUAAUGCAUUCUCUUCACGAGGCUCUUGUAGGUCUAAACUUUAUGACAAGAAUUUUUGCAGUUUAAAUCAUAGCACCCUAAACCCUUGUAGAAAACUUUCUUCACGGUUGCGAGCCUGGCCCAAUGUCAGCUCCUCCGCUGUUAUGGUAUCUGGUUUUACGACAUUGGCGAGCACAUCAGAGCCGCUGUCUGGUUCAGCAAGAAAUUCCGCGCGCGGCAACAUUCUCUUACAUGAUGCUCCUGAAGAGCUACCGUCGGCUAGUGUCCCAUUAGAGGGAGACCCUGGCAAGGUCUUCAUAGGCAAUUUGCCGUACCACGUGAAAAGGGCAGAUGUGAAGGAAUUCUUCUCGCAAUGUGGGCCUGUGCGAGACAUAAUUUUCAUACGAAGCCAUACUGAUCCAGAGAAGAAUAAGGGGUUUUGUUUUUUGUUUUUUGGCGGCCCGGAUCCGAAUGCUGCUGCUAGCCGGGCUGCGGAACUGGAUGGUGCCAACUUCUUUGGGAAACCGAUGCGCGUGAAGAUUGACGAUGGGCGUUGGGAACGUGAUCGGCGUGAACAGCGCGAGCGUUGGAUCGAGUCAGGCGCGGAAAGAGAGCCACGUUCAGAUUGGCAUGUAGAGAGAGAAAAAGCGUCUAAAGGAUUUAGAAAUUUAGUUGAAGAUCACCCCAAAGACGCGCGGAAGGUAGUGGAUGCGUUCAAGAGAAUUAAAAAGCCAAAGCAACGCGAUCAUACACUGCUAGUAAAUUACUAUGGAAAGCGUGGUGAUAAGCAUAGUGCUCGGGCUGCGUUUGAGAGUAUGCGUGCUGCAGGCAUUGAACCAAACGUCCAUUCUUACACCAAUUUGAUACAUGCAUACGCAGUGGCGCAAGAUUUACGAGGAGCAAUUGCUUGUGUUGAGGAGAUGGAAGCUGAGGGUGUUUCUCCAAAUGCAGCCACUUAUAGUGUGAUCAUUUCAGGCUAUGGAAGAUUAGGAGAUGUCGAAGCUGCGGAGAGGUGGUUCCAAAGAGCACUGAGCGAGAACUGGCAUCAUAAUGAUGUUAUUUACAACAACAUUAUCCAUGCUUACUGCAAAGCAGGCAAUAUGGAGCGGGCGGAAGCCAUAAUGACAGCUAUGGAGGAACAGGGGCUGGAGGCAACACUUGGUCUUUACAAUAUGUUGAUGGAUGGCUACGUUCAUUGUCGUGCUGUAGACAAGUGCUUGAAUGUCUUUCGGAGGUUGAAGGAAACAGGUCUUUCCCCAACUGUCGUCAGCUAUGGUUGUCUCAUAAACCUAUACUCGAAGCUCGGGAAGAUGGACAAAGCGCUGCAGAUCAGCAACGAAAUGGAAGAUCAAGGAAUCAAGCACAAUCGCAAGACUUAUUCAAUGAUUAUUGAUGGAUAUGUACAGCUGGGUGACACUGCAAAUGCGUUUUCUGUCUUCGAAGACAUGUCCAAUGCAGGCAUUAAACCUGAUGGGAUCACUUAUAACAUUCUAAUGAAUGCCUUCUGCAAAAAUGGUCAAAUGAAUCGAGCUUUAGAACUGCUGGCUCGCAUGGAAAGUGGGGAUUGCCCACCCACACUUCGAACAUACACUAUAAUUAUUGACGGCUUCAUGAAAAUUGGGGAUUUACGAAUGGCAUUUGAAACAGUUCGGGAUAUGAAGAUGGCCGGUUUUCGUCCAAGCGCGGCUACUUACAAUGUUAUCAUGCAUGGUCUUGCCCAAGCUGGCCAGAUGGACAGGGCUGCUUCUAUCAUCGAUGAAAUGGUGGUUGCUGGUGUUCAUCCGAAUGAACGCAGCUACACAACUCUUAUAGAGGGGUAUGCCUGCAUAGGAGAUAUGGGAUUAGCUUUCAAGUAUUUCAACCGCAUCAAAGAAGUGGGGUUGAAGCCGGAUGUUAUUGCGUACGCUUCUCUUCUGAAGGCUUGCUGUAAAGCUGGACGCAUGCAGAGUACACUUGCAAUUACAGCAGAGAUGGCGGCUGCAGGAGUUCCCAUGAACAAUUACAUCUACAACAUUCUUCUUGAUGGAUGGGCUCAGAGAGGAGACAUGUGGGAGGCAUCGGACAUCAUGCAAAAAAUGCGUCAUGAGGGCUUAACACCUGACAUUCACUCAUAUACAUCCUUUAUUAAUGCAUGUUGCAAAGCGGGAGACAUGCUGAAAGCAACGGAAACUAUUGAGCAGAUGAAGCAACAAGGUGUGCAACCCAAUCUGCAGGCUUACACCACUCUUAUACAUGGAUGGGCAUCCGCAUCAUAUCCUGAGAAAGCCUUGAUAUGCUACGAUGAAAUGAAAUCUGCUGGCAUGAUACCUGACAAACCUCUUUACCACUGUAUUAUGACUUCCCUUCUCUCGAGGGCAGCAGUUGCCCGUGAGACGGUGUUUGAUGGUGUAUUAAGAGUAACGUCUGAAAUGGUCGACCAAGGUAUAUGCGUUGAUUUUGCGACUGCCAAACACUGGCAGAGAUUUUUGAUUAAGGCUGAGAGACAGUCUGGUGAUCUGACAAGAGCUGUGGAGCGCAUAUUUCCAGCAGAUUGGAAAGCGGCAGUAGAAGAAGCCAAACGAGCAGCACAGGAAGCAAAUGACAAUGACUUAAUGGAUUAUUCUGACGUAGAGGAUGAGUUUCACGACGAGUGGGAAACUGAGGAAGAUUGAGAAUAGGUAGCUUCCUUGUCAUGCAUUUGGCACAUUAUCUAUUGUCAAUUUGCAAAAUUGGCUCAUAAGGCAGAAUCGACUUUACAACUACCAACUCACUAGACUUGACUCUGUCUCAUCUUGCAACAUUCUAGUCGAGUGUGGCAAUUUCGGAUCUAUUUGUAAUCAAGUACAAUAGACUGGAUGGGAUUUAGUGGAGAUGAAGGAUAAGGAUCGCCCCACCCAGAACUCUCGAUACCUGAACUUGAAAAAAGUACAUGAUCGAAUAUGGAAACCAAGUGCUGAGGCAUUUGUGGAAUUCUUAGGUGGUGGAGCUUGGAAUACAUGGAUGAUCAGAUGUGUAUCUUAUCCAUCUCAUUGCGCUUCUAGUUUCUGCUUUUGUUGUUAAAUAACAUGUUGAUUGUAAUUGAGGUA